AUGUCUAAACUAAAUGCACUCGAUGAUCAGCGCAUCAAUCAAAUUAGACCUCUAAUCCCUCCACAAAUUCUCUAUGAAGAUCUUCCACUGACCGAUGAGCUAGCUGAAGUUGUUGAGAAGGGCAGAAAGCAAGCUGAGGCUAUUGUGCGAGGAAAUGACGACAGAUUACUCGUAAUCGUUGGUCCAUGUUCUAUGCAUGAUCCUGCUGCUGCUUUGGAUUACAUCAAGUUACUCAAAGACUACGCUGAUCAUGCCUCAAACGACCUCUGCAUUAUCGCCCGUACCUACUUCGAGAAGCCACGCACUACCGUUGGCUGGAAGGGAUUAAUCAACGACCCUUUCCUCAAUGACUCCAAUGAAAUAAACAGAGGUCUACGUAUUGGUAGGAAGCUCCUGCUCGAUAUUGUAUCUCUCGGUAUGCCCACUGCCUGUGAAUUCCUUGACACUAUUACCCCUCAAUUCACUGCAGACGUUAGCUCAUGGGGCGCUAUUGGUGCCCGUACCACUGAAUCUCAAGUACACCGCGAGCUUGCAUCUGGUUUGAGCAUGCCCAUCGGCUUCAAGAAUGGCACCGAUGGUAAUAUUCAAGUGGCCAUCGACGCAAUUAGAUCGUCGCGCUCCCCUCAUACUUUCCUCUCAGUGACCAAGCAAGGCUUGGCUGCUAUUGUGGAGUCUCAAGGCAAUCCAUACGGCCAUGUCAUUCUUCGCGGUGGAAAGACACCUAAUUACGAAAAGCAUUUUGUUGAAAGCGCAGCAGAGCAACUACACAAAGCUGGUCUUACUAAUAAACUCAUGAUCGAUUGCUCUCAUGGUAACUCUUCCAAACAACACGCUAGACAGUGCAUCGUGGCUGAUGACAUCACUCAACAACUCAGCGCGGGUGGUGAGCAUGCAGAGCGUAUAAUGGGUGUCAUGAUGGAAUCUAAUAUCAACGAUGGUCGUCAGAACAUGCCUGAGGGUGGUCCAAACGAGUUGGAGUAUGGUGUGUCUAUUACGGACGCUUGCAUUGAUUGGAGCACAACAGUCAGCACACUCGAUAAUCUUCGCAAUGGUGUACAGCAACGUCGUCAGAAUAGAAACAAUUAG